AUGGAGUCCACGAACAACAAAUUCAAAGGAAGCCUCCUUUAUGAAGAAGAUGAGCAUUUAUCAUCAUUCCGCAAAAGAAACAAUAGGCUAAUCAUCAUUUUGUUAUCCUUGAUCGUCUUAGUUGGAUUAAUCAUGGGUGCCAUAAUCAUCUCUCUCUCGCAUGAUCAAUAUAUAGAUACAUCCAUUCAAAUCCACUCAAAUCUAGCAGUCAAUUCAUUUUGCUCCUACUCACAUUUGCCUUUUUAUUGCUCAAACCAAAUAAAUUAUAAAAUCAAACCGAAAGCAAAAACAGAUCCGAAUCAGCUUUUCUCACUCUCUCUAGAUAUUGCUAUAGAAGAACUCACUAGCACAACUCCACGCAUCGAUAAUCAAACCGAGUCAGCGGUCAAAAAUUGCUCGAGUCUGGUGCAGGAUUCUCUGAGUCAACUCACUCAAGCUUUGGGGAUGUUCCGGGUCAAUCCUGAUGUGAGAAAGCAUACUGAUGAGCAGAGGAGUGACAUGAUGAACUGGAUCGUCACCGCUGAACAAGAUCUGCGAUCUUGUUAUGAUGAUCUGGCAAAAAUCAAAUCGCCGGCGGUGACUGAAAUCAGAGAGGAAUUGGAUCAAGCCAGGAUAUACGUGAGCAACAUUUCACUUUUUCUCCUCAACUACAGAUCCGUAUUUUUCGAAUUUAACCUCGCGCCUGCACGGAGAAACAGUUUCGAUUUCCGCAUUGCGAUUGCACUCAUUAGGAGAUGGAAUAUGGAAAAUGCAUUUAAUCUGGGUAUAAUUGUGUUGCAGUACUUGUUUUUGAUCGGUCGCUUGCGAAAUAGAGAAUUUCCAUUUGUACUGAAAUCUGUUCCACACAAUUCUGUCAGAAAUCUCAUCUGUGUGGGACCAUGUUAUGCAUAA